GCCUGGGUUCGAGCGUGUGCUCGUCACGAACCCAGCGCUCGCUUGGGUUCGGGCGCACGCUCGUCAUGAACCCAACGCUCACCUGGGUUUGAGCGCGAGCUCGUCGCAAACCCAGCAUGCGUCUGGGGAUGCGAUGGAUCUGUACUAUUGGACGACACACCUACAAUGAAAGGGGAAAAAACAGCAAAACCAAAUAACGGUUCUCUCAGGGGAUUUGAUGUCAUUGACAGGAUCAAAGCUGAAGUUGAGAAAAUUUGUCCCGGCGUUGUUUCAUGUGCCGAUAUUAUCACCAUUACCGCUCGUGACUCUGUGGUUGCUUUGGGUGGACCUUACUGGACAGUUCUCUUGGGCAGAAGAGAUUCAAAGACAGCAAACUUCAGUGGUGCCAACUCAGACAUCCCUGCACCCACUUUGAAUCUGACCAACUUCACCACUUCCUUCGCAAACAAAGGCUUAAGUGUUAGUGAUUUGGUGACUCUUUAUGGUGCCCACACUGUCGGCCAAGCUAGGUGCACCAAUUUCCGCGCCAGGAUCUACAAUGAAACAAACAUUGAUCCCUCCUAUGCGAGAGCAUUGAGAGUAAACUGUCCGGUCAACGGAGGAGAUAACAAUCUUGCUCCUUUAGACACUGCAACUCCAACAAUCUUUGAUAAUCAUUUCUACGUGGACUUGAUUGUCAAAAAGGGGCUUCUGCACUCUGACCAAGAGUUCUUCAAUGGUGGCAUAGCCGACUCUCAAAUUAAGGCUUACAGCUUCAAUCCAAAAGCUUUCACUGAGGAAUUUGGAAAGGCGAUGAUCAAAAUGGCAAACAUUAACCCUCUUACAGGCACCAAAGGCCAAAUCAGGUUGAACUGCAGGAAAGCAAAUUAAGUCCUCC